UGAUUCAGCCAAGGCCCAAAAACCAGUGAAACGACGUCGCUUGGUAAAUGGCAAAAUUAGGAACUCAGCGUCGAAAUUACUAGAAACUUGGCUGUAUCAGAAAUCAGAGACCUCGGAAGAGAGAGAGGAGAAAUGAGCGUAGCUACGGCGUCGUAUGUGGCUCGGCGGGCAGCGCAGAAGGAGAGGGUUAGGAUCCUCUACAGGAGAGCUCUCAAGGACACUCUCAAUUGGGCGGUUCAUCGCCACCUCUUUUACGCCGAUGCCGAUGCUCUAAGAGAGAAAUUCGAGGCGAAUAAACACGUGGAGGAUAUCGAACUGAUCGAUAGAAUGAUAACUGCUGGUGAAGCAACCUACGACAAGUGGAGGCAUCCCGAUCCUUACAUUGUUCCUUGGGCUCCUGGUGGCUCCAAAUUCUGCCGGAAUCCAACACCACCUCCUGGGAUUGAGAUUAUACACAACUAUGGCAUGGAAGAGCGUGAAUGAAGAGGACCAUCAUCCUCCAAAAUAAAUGAAGAUUGGAGGCUCACAAAUCACGAUAGAGGAUGAAUUUCGAUCCCCAUUUUGUGGUCUGCAGUUUUCAAUUUCCUUCGAAAGAGAUGUUGAUGAUCAUUAUUGUAUUUGAGUAGUUUUGACUCCCAAAAUUGGAUGCUCAAAGAUAAUGUUGAUUUCCCCGCUUUGUUGGAUGUUCAUACUUAUUUGUUUCCAUUUGAAUAAUGCCAUGUUCGAAAAACUCA